AUGGUAGCGAAAUGGGACAUUGUGGCGAAGAGUUGGUGGGAAGAAGAACUAUUGUCGAAGAAGUCGAAGAGUCAGGCGGCGACCAAGCUGCCAGCGGGAGCCAGUUUCAUGGCAGUAGGAUCGCCCGUGGGUCCUGCAUCUGGGGGUCCUGCUCCUGGGGGUCCUGCUUCUGGGGGUGAGCAGGUGGGCGCAGCGCGCUCAAUUUCAGCAACGGGAACGGGUGUGUUGCGCACCAGCAUUUACGAGAGGCUGUAUCAGGAUUUUCUGGGACGGCAGAAGAAGCAGCAGGAGGUGGAGGCAGCGAAGGCGCAAGCCCGGGUUGAGCAGGCGGCGGCGGAAGUGGCGCCAAAGUAUGUGGAUUUGGAUCCGGGCGAGAAUGCAGACCGUCAGCGCACGCGUGUGCUACUGCUUCGAAAGGAGCACAGUCAACUGCACCACAGUCUGCAGGACCUCAGACAGCUGGAGAAGGAGCGUGAGCCGCUCCUCAAGUGGCGCCCACUACGGCCGACGGCUGUAACGGAGAUACCGAAAAAUCACCCGUUAUUGGAAGAGCUAGACUUUCUGGGCUCACCCUCAGCCAAUGCACCCGCCAUCCGCUCUCUUAUAGCCAACCAUAAUGAAGCUGUAGUCAAGGAAAUCAUCCAAGUACUCAAGGACGCCAAGAGUAAACAAAAAGACAUUCUUGCAGGCGCGCAGGAAAUCGAUGUCUAUCAACAACUCAAAUUACGGGAGGUUAGAAAACAAGCUGACGAGCUGGUCGACCGAGUACUCCAUGCCAUCAUGGAGGAGGAAGGAUUGCUGCACACAGAACUCAUGCACAAGACCGAUUACCCUGUUAACGGCGGCGUUAAUAACGGCGGCGGCAGCAAAGGCUGCCCAUGCGCUCGCAGUCAUGAGGGUACUCCGUGUUCUAACAGUUGUUGUUCCGCCGCGCAGACUUGCAGCUGUCCCCGCAGCUACUAUGGCUGGUCCUAUGACGUCUCACUGGGCCCACUAGUCGUCAACAGGAUUCGCACGUUCUUGGCCAAGUCCGGCAAAGUGGAAGACUUGGUCGCCGCCAGACGACAGGUACUCUCAGACACACUCCUGUUGCAUGUACACAACCUCGCGGAGGCAUUCAGACUCGAUAUACAUGUACGAGACCUCAUGGCUGAACUCCGCAUUCCCAGACUACACAUCAGGGGCUUCAGUUACGACCUACCUGAACUCAUGAAACAGCAAGACUGGUAUAACCGACUAGGCAGCUCCACCAGCCUCCGAAACAAUCACCUGAUCAAUAAGAGCGUCAAAGAAAUCCUCCAUCAAGCGAUACAAGAUCUCGUUCCACCACACCUCGCUAAAAACACUGCGACCCAACCCAACAGCCCCGAAUCCAAGCCGAAGUCCCUCCUUGAGUCGGACAUGCUUCUUUGCUAG